GCGCGAGGACUCUAAAAGGACACUAUCCGGGGAGAAAAAUUAUUUUAUGCACAUCUGAGAUUCUCAGACUUUCGCGAGCGGGUGCAUGUGUGCGUUUUAUCGGACUGGAUGAAAAUGAUGCAAAGUGCGGCUGUGUUGCCCGGCGAGAGCGCGGUGAAGGGUCUGCCGGACAUCCUCGGAGUGCCACUGCAACAGAUCCCUCAGUGCGCAGGCUGCAGUCAACACAUCCUGGAUAAGUUUAUUCUGAAGGUGCUGGAUCGACAUUGGCACUCAAAAUGUCUCAAGUGCGCCGACUGUCACGCACUCCUGGCAGACAAGUGUUUUUCUCGCGCGGGGAAUGUCUACUGCAAAGAGGAUUUCUUCAAGCGUUUUGGGACAAAAUGUGCAUCGUGCCAGCAAGGGAUUCCCCCGACGCAGGUGGUCCGGAAAGCUCAGGACUUUGUGUACCACCUUCACUGCUUCGCCUGCGUAAUGUGCAGCAGGCAGCUGGCCACCGGUGAUGAGUUCUACCUCAUGGAGGACGGGAGGCUCGUGUGCAAGGAGGACUACGAAACAGCCAAACAAAAUGAUGAUUCAGAGACAGGAGCAAAACGUCCACGAACCACCAUCACAGCCAAACAGCUGGAGACGCUCAAAAGCGCCUAUAAGAACUCGCCUAAGCCAGCACGACAUGUACGCGAGCAGCUCUCUUCAGAAACGGGCCUGGACAUGAGAGUAGUGCAGGUGUGGUUUCAAAACAGGCGAGCAAAAGAGAAACGGCUGAAGAAGGAUGCUGGGCGGCACCGCUGGGGUCAGUUCUACAAAAGCGUCAAACGCAGUCGAGGGUCUAGUAAGACGGAGAAAGAGAGCUCAGCUGACGAUGCAGGACUCAGCGACAGCGAGCUUAGCUUCAGAGAAGACCAGAUCCUCUCAGACCUUGGUCAUGCUAACGGCUUGUACGGAAGCGUCGGAGACGUCACGAACGGCAACAUGCUCAACGGGAGCUUCUCCCUGGAGGGGGGCGGGCAGCCUUACCAUGACCUGCGGGCAGGAAGUCCCUACGGGCUGCCGCAGUCCCCCUCAUCCAUCACUUCCCUCCCAGGCCACACCCCGCUGCUCAACAACUUAGGCUUCAACAUGGACGGCAUCAUGGGUCAGGGCGGUCAGCCCAACGUAGGUCAAGCUCUGAGAGCGAUGGCCGGGGGACCCACCUCUGACCUGUCGACAGGAAGCAGCACGGGCUACCCAGACUUCCCCACCAGCCCUGCCUCGUGGCUUGAUGAAAUGGACCACUCCCAGUUCUGAGGAUCAAAGGUCAUAAUGGAAAGUGGACAAAAAAUUGGAAGAUUUUAUAAGACAUCUUUCCCAGAACUGGCGACGUUUGUGUGGCGAGGCCCAAAACGGCACCUAGUUUAACACGGUGGCUUGACCUUGCUGAAUGGCGCGCUGAUACGAGCAACCCGCCGUGGAAUGUCUGCGCUGUAUCAUAAUUUUGUAACUCAUAUUUUUUCAUUGUUCUCAAAACUGGAUUGGACUAUUUCCAGCAUGAAAUGACGUGCAGCUGCGAAUGGCGUUCGAACCCCAGACCACCCUGGAAAAACAAUCACGAUGCACCACGUUUUUGAGAACAAGAGGGUCCAUGCAUGUUUCCGAAUGAGGAAGAGAACCGUCCACGUUCAAAAUGGCGACGCACUUUACUGUAUGUUCCUCCUCGACUGCACACGGCAGGCUGAAUACGGGAAAGAGAGGAGCGCACCGAACAAGGAGAGAUAUUUAAACAAGUGGCACAAGUGUAUCUUUCCUACUUACAAGGGUUUGGGAUUUUAAUGGUUGAAACUUUCUAAACGGCUCUACUAGAGUACGGCCCUUCACAUUAGGUCUGAAGAAUAGAUACAAAUUAUUUUUAAUAAGGAUGAAUCCGCAUGCACUGCUCUGAGUUGUCAUAAAAAUCUCUGUCAAUGGUCCUGUCUGUUCAGUGUUUUUUUGUUAACUUCAGGCGUUCUGACUCAGCAAUGAAACUAGUUUAAAAGACUAAAAUUAAAGUUAAUAUUUAUUUCUGGUACUGUUAAUUAUUAUUACUAUUUGUUUCCCUCAUUUCCUAAUCAUCGCUUCAUGAGCAAAAAUGGAUAUCAGAGCAGAUGACAAGUGGAUUUCUAUUUCACAGACACAAGUACCUUACUGGCCUGACCAAUAUUAUCAAGCAAAACAUGUAAAAGGGAAACUUACACUGUAUUUUUUUUUCUUAUUUGACACAUUUAAGCAACAACUAUGAGGAUUUAGUGUUAUUUAUUCCUGUCAUGGGUACCGCUGAUAGUAUUAUGAGGAGUUGGAUAAUGGGAAAGAGUAUAGUGAGAUUAUGUAAAACUGGUGAUACAACUGUAAACAUGAGGAAUCCUGUGGCAAAAUUUGGACCCACAUAAUGAUAAACUGAGUAAAGAUGACGUUAUGCUGAAAGAGUGAACAUAUAAGCUAACAAAGAGCAACAUGGAAAAAAAGAAAAAUAACCAUUCAGAAAUGUUUUGUUGAAUCUAUGUUGAGUCUCAAUGGCUGUAAAUUUUGUAAAGUCUCAAAAAGUGUUGACAGUCUUGUUUCAUGAGCACUAUUUAUUGCUAUGGAUCUUUGAAAAAAAGAGCACUGAAUUUAGUCCUAUAUGCCUUCUGUCCAAUGGUAUGAAUUGUGUACAGUCAAAUCUAUAUGGAGAAAUAAAGCGAA